CGGAUUGUCAACAUAUAACUUAGUGGGAACCCCACACCGCUAAGCAGUUUUACCUCUUUCUUUCUCUAAUCAUAUAUUUCCUUCCUUUGAUAAAUCUACUUAAACACAUAUACAUAAAUAUAUACUGUGGUUCCCCUCAUUCCUAUCAAUUCCAUCUUUCAACAAACAAAUCCCCAAUCCGCAUGCCAACCAUGGCGGACCUCAACAUGGACGACCCCAACAACAAACUCACCACCAUACCAAUCGGCAGCAAUGAGGUCGCCGUCCCCACACGCAUCAACACCGGCGAGCCCUCCUCCAGCUCCUCCCCCGCCGACCCGUCCAGCCCUCGCCGCGACUCCGUAGUUAGCAAGCCCGAUCAAGAAGAGGAUGAAGAUGAGAGACUAGCCGGCAUCACCGACGAGAGGGAGCGCACGCGCCGCAGGCUAAAUCUCAAACUUGCGAAUCCGCUCGGCAAUUUCCCUGUCGAGAAGGUCGGCGACAUGGGCGAGCAGUACUGUCGCGAGUUUGCGCUGGGCGAGGCGGAGGAUAUUCGCGCCUUCAGACUCGGGGCUAUGGUCGCUAAGGACCCGAAUAUGUUCCGCGAAGUCGAGGGACUAACUGAGGACGAGCGCAAGGUGUUUUCCGAUGAGCUGGAGCACAAGUGGAGGCAGCCUAAGAAGCUGUAUCUCGUGAUUCUGCCUUGUUCGCUGUGUGCAGCUGUACAGGGAAUGGACGAAACCGUUGUCAACGGCGCCCAAAUCUUCUACAAACAGCACUUCGGCAUCGGCGAGAAGGACCCCCGCUCCACCUGGCUUGUCGGCCUCCUCAACUCCGGCCCCUAUCUCUGCUGCGCCUUCAUCGGCUGCUGGCUCACCAUCCCCUUCAACAACUGGUUCGGCCGCCGCGGCACCAUCUUCCUAACCUGCUUCUUCUCCGCCACCGCCUGCUUCUGGCAAGCCUUUGCCAACACCUGGUGGCACAUGUUCAUCGCACGCUUCUUCCUCGGCUUCGGCAUCGGUCCCAAAUCGGCCACCGUGCCCAUCUACGCUGCUGAGACGGCGCCGCCACCCAUUCGUGGCGCGCUCAUCAUGUGCUGGCAGAUGUUCACGGCGUUUGGUAUCUUCGUCGGGUACGCGGCUGAUCUGAUGUUCUACGAAGUCAAAGACCCGUCCGGCGUCUCGGGGAUGAACUGGCGUCUCAUGAUGGCCUCCGCUAUGAUCCCUGCCGUCGUAGUAUGCUGCUUCGUCUUCAUGUGUCCUGAGUCCCCGCGCUGGUACAUCAGCCAGGGCCGGCACCACCAAGCCUGGACAGCAAUCCAGCAACUCCGCUUCAACAAAGUACAAGCUGCGCGCGACCUGUUCUACAUUCAAUACCUCGUCAGCGCCGAGCUCGAGACCAUCAACAUGGGCAACAAAGCCAAGGAACUCAUCGGCGUCCCGCGAAACCGCCGCGCCCUCCAGGCGUCUGAGUUGGUCAUGUUCAUGCAGCAAUUCUGCGGUGUCAAUAUUAUAGCCUACUACUCUUCGGAGAUCUUCCUAGAGGCCAACCUCUCUGAACUCUCUGCCCUGGGCGCCUCAAUGGGUUUCGGCGCUAUAAAUUUCUUAUUCGCUCUCCCCGCUUUCUACACCAUCGAUACCUUUGGUCGCCGCAAUCUGCUUCUCACUACUUUCCCAUUAAUGGCGCUGGCGCUGUUCUUCACGGGUUUCUCGUUCCUCAUCCCUGAGACGUCGGUGGCGAGAAUCGCGUGUAUCGCCCUCGGGAUUUACCUCUUCGGAAUGGUCUACUCCCCUGGCGAGGGCCCGGUGCCCUUCACCUACUCCGCUGAGGCGUACCCUCUGUACAUCCGCUCGCAGGGCAUGUCCCUUGCCACAGCUACAACCUGGUUCUUCAACUUCGUCCUCUCCAUCACCUGGCCCUCGCUCCUCGAAGCCUUCGGACCGACGGGGGCAUUCUGCUGGUACGCAGCGUGGAACGUGAUCGGGUUCUUCGGGGUGCUAAUGCUUGUCCCUGAAACCAAGGGGAAGACGCUUGAGGAGCUGGAUGUCGUGUUUGGGGUUAAGAGCAGGUUGUUUGCCAAGUAUGGGCUGCAGCAGUUUGUGUACUUCUUGAAGGGAGGGAAGUUGAAUAAGAGGGCCGAGAGGCCGGAGGAGCCGGUGGGGGAGCCGGAUUAUGAUGAGAAAACCUUUCAGAGUGAGACAGAGAGGGUGCAGGAUAGGAGGGUUUAG